CAAAUAUAUUCCUAUAACACUGUUCUUGUAUUCCACAGGGCCGUACUGCCAUCUCCCAGCCACGAUAACAACCUCCUCUCCUCGUCUCGCUCAUCACCAUGGGUUCCACCGAGCGCCGCCUUUCCUCCAUCACCAUUAGUGCCGAGAGUGACGACGAUAGUUUUGACGAACUGCUCUCCUCCAUCGGGUUUGGCCCGUGGCAGGGAAUCAGCGUGUUGGUAGUGCUCAUCAUCGCUGCCUUGUUGCCAGUACAGAUGGUAGGAAUGACCUUGAUAGCUCCGCCAGUACCUUUCCGCUGUCACGGGAGAUCCUUCACCGCAUUGGAGAACCAGUCCGCACUCACUAUUGAUGACAAGCUGAUUGAGAUUUCUGAGUUUGACGAACACAACCAGACCGAUUACUUCGACGAGCGGUGCCUGCCUCCCUCAGAGCAAGAUGAAGACUACACGUGGCUGCAGCAGCCCAAUAACUCCAUCAUCACCGGCAUGAAGUCAUGUCCCAGCAUUGAAUAUGACCAUUCCCUUUUCUCCUCUUCUAUUGUGUCUGAUUUUCACCUGGUGUGUGAAGAGUUCCACAUGCAGGCGUUCUACCAGAUAGCGUACACAUUCGGGGGAGCCCUGGGCAGCGUCAUCGGAGGCUCCAUAGGAGACAGGUUUGGACGGUUGCGGGCGGUUCAGUUGGGCGCAGUGCUGUACCUAGGAGGGACUCUGGCAAUGGCCUUCGUGCCGCUCUACGAGGUGGUGUUACUGAUGCGUGUCAUACUGGGCUUCGCCAACACAAGCAUGCUUGUGACGGGCUGGAACAUGGCCCUAGAAGGAUCCCCACCAACAGCAAGAACCCUAGCGGGCAUGUUGAUGGGGCUGCCCAUCUCCCUCUUCAUGAUGUUUUUAGCAGGUGUUGGCUACUUCCUCAGAACAUGGCAAAAUCUUCUUCUAGCGUGCGGCUCCCCCGUGCUCCUUCUCAUCCCUCUCUCCUUCAUUGCGGACGAGUCACCGCGGUGGCUGCUACAACAAAACCGAAGCAAGGAAGCUUACACCAUACUACAGAGAGCCGUCAGACUAAACAAAGCAAAGAUUAAUGGUGAUCUAUCCACAAUUGUGGAAAAGAUUGCACUGGGGAGCAAAAAGAAAUGUUCAGAGAAUUCGGAAAUGUCCGCUUCCAUGUACGCCAAGUGCAUGAGCGGCCUUCAUGAAAUGAUGGAGUACUUCCGAAGUCCAGGCAUGAGAGCCAUUCUCAUCGUCUCGCCGAUCAUCUGGUUCUUCCAGAGUUUUGUUUACCUUGGUCUGGCCAUCAACGCCAACAACUUCUCCAGCAACGACCCUUUCCUGUAUGUGGCAAUGACAGGAGUGAUGGACUGUGGUUCGAUUAUACUCUCCACACCUGCUACUGCUUUCCUGGGACGCCGUGUUAUGAUCGCCACGGAACUCUUUGUUGGAGGCGCCCUGCUUCUGCUGGAGCUCGUCGUUCCUAAUGAAUACUCGUGGGUCAAGUGGGUGCUGGUCAUGGUCGGCUUCCUGCUGGUGGCCGGCGCCUUCCAGGUCAAUUUUGUGUAUGUGCCCGAACUUUACCCGACACUGGCUCGCGCGAGAGGCUUUGCUUUCGUCAACCUUGCCGGGAAUCUUGGGUACAUGUGCGCCCCGCUCAUCACCACCAACCUGGCAAAAGUAAAUAGCUGGGCCCCUGGAGUCGUAUUCGGCUGCUCUGGUAUAUUUAUCAGCCUCCUAAUGCCGUUGCUCCCGGAGACCAGAAAGAAACCGCUGCCCGAGAACCUCCAAGACGUGGACAACCGAUGGAGGGAGGGCAAGUUCAAGAAUAAAUCUAAAGCUGCCGGCGCAGAGAAUCUGGCAUACACACAUGAUGGCGGGCGGGAGUUGUGUUCAGUGAAAAAUGGCACAGUUUCUAGUAGCGCGACAGCGGAAUAGAUGCAGUUGUUGAUUUCUUCAUUUUCUUGUAAAACGAACGCCCACAGUUUGACGCUCAUAUAUUCUACAUUUUUCUUCCCUAUGCUUCAUUUUUACUUCAUUAUAAUUCAUCACUAUUGCUGAACUCAUCUUUGUCUGCACUGUCAUGUGAGGUCAUUUAGGUAUACAUACUGUACCAGUCACGCAGUGCCGCACAAACUUAACUUGUCUAUAGUCUCAGACAAAUUCUUUAUUUUCACUACAAUAAAGGAUUCUACACAGUUUUCGACAACAAAAUGAAAAAUAACAGAUGGGUGGGUGGUGGAGCUAUUGUGUUCAGCAAAUAAUAUAUCCCAUCAAAGCAUUCAAAGCAUUCAGUAAAGGAGGCUGUCCUAAUACGAGCACACUUCUCUGCAACAAGUUUAUGUUAAGAGUUUUAACAGAAUUGAUUAAUCAAAGCCGAAGCACUUUGAAACGAAUUUUACCUAGAAAUGCAUAUCUGUCUAUUAGUCAUAUAUAUACAUGCAUAUAUGAAGCCUCAGUACCCCUUGACACGCCAUAUUGCCUCAUCUUGUCUUCAUCCACUGCAGUGCCAAUCUCCUCCAACUCAGCUCUGUCAGUGGCGGUGAGACUUCUAUUGAUAAGAAAGAGAUGAUAAGACAAUACGUGUUAGCACACAAGGUGCAACCGGCCCGUGAUGGAAUGAACAGAGUGGUGGGCAGUCUCAUCUCGCUCAUCUGAAGAGGCAUUGCAUUUCUGUGAUCAAUUUGAUUAAAGUUUCACACCAAAUGAA